GCUCCUGCAGAGCCCAGAACUCCUCCGAGGAUGAAAACCGACCUGGAGCUGGCGCUGGAAUGCGCCAUCAAUGUUUACCACCGGUACGCGGCGCGGCGCCCCAUCGACGACUACCUGAGCAAGAACGAGUUCUCCAAGCUGCUCAAGGACACGGCCGAGCCUUUCCUCCGGAACACGGCGCCGCCCAACACGAGCACCGACACCUACAUCAGCCAGCUCUUCGCCAAAGCCGACGCCAACCACGACGGCCGCCUCAAGUUCACCGAGUUCCUGACCACGCUGAGCCUCGUGGCCAUCGAUGCCCACAACAGGUCCCACGAGGGCCCUGGUGCUGGCCACGGCCACGGCCACGGCCAC